UGGAGGAAUAAGAGGAGGACAGGAUGGCCAACUCAGCACUGGAGAUAGUGGGUCUUAUAUUGACCUUGAUUGGGCUGAUCGGGGCAGCAGCGAGCACUGGGAUGCCGAUGUGGCGAGUCACAGCCUUCAUUGGGGAGAAUAUCAUUGUGUUUGAGACCCGCUACGAGGGUCUAUGGAUGAAUUGCUUCAGGCAGGCGGACAUCAGGAUGCAGUGCAAGGUGUAUGAUUCUCUCCUGGCUCUGUCCCCUGACCUACAGGCGGCACGAGGGCUCAUGUGCAGUGCUGUGGCACUGGGUGGCCUUGGCCUGCUGAUCAGUUUGGUGGGGCUGCAGUGCACAUCCUGUAUUGAAAACGACGAUCGAGCCAAGCGACUGGUCCUCAUCAUUGCAGGAAGCAUGAUCAUAAUGUCUUGCAUCUGUGUCCUUAUCCCUGUGUCCUGGACGGGUCACGUCAUCAUCAGGGACUUCUACAACCCUUUGCUGAUUGAUGCACAGCGCAGAGAGCUCGGAGAGGCCCUCUAUAUCGGCUGGGUGGCCGCCGCUUUCUUGUUUGCUGGGGGAUGCAUGUUUGUUUGUUGUAAUCUGCAGUCUGACGACAAAGAUUCACGACGGUAUGUGUACUCCAGGAACUCCGACUACAUGGCCUAUCCUCCACAACCUCUACAGCCCCAACAGCUGGUGCUCAUUCCCCAACCCCAGCCCCAGCCCCAGCCCCAGCCAGUGCUAUCAAGACAUCCAUCAACCAACUACAGCUACCACUCCAGAUAUCCGUCUGUACGCAGUGGUGUGGCUUAUCUCUGAACACUUUAACUGACUGAGGUAAUGACUAUCACAAGGUUUGCUUUGCUGUGCAAUCCAUGACACAUUUCAAAUGUCAAAAGAUGUAUUUCAGGUUACAAAAAACACAUUUCAAUGAGUAAAUUUACAAUGAAUUUAUAUAGACCUAAUUCAUACUGAUGUCGCUCUUUUUUAAUAUACUAUUUGAGGAGUACUUAAUGUGUUAUUAAAGAGCACUGUUUACAGAAUCAUGAUAUAAAUCUAAAAAUUGAUAAUAACCUUGCCUUUGUAAGCUGAUGCAUGAUUUCUAUAUGUGUUUUAUAAUAUAAUCACUAUUUUAUACUGACAACAUUUGUAUAUUUGAAUAUUAGCACAGAAACUAUGUAUGCAUAUGUUGUAUAUAAAUAUUCAUGCUAACUUAAUCACUGAGUAGUGUAACGUGUAUUUGAGUUUAUGGUUAAAAUGCCAUUACUAUUACAAAUGACCGAGCUGUGUAGUUACACAGGCAGUUAUAUUUCACAGAUAUUUCAACCCAAGUUCAAAACAAUUCAACACACUGACUCUUUCUAAACAUGACCUCUCACAGGCACAUAUCACCCUUCAUACAUACACUCAUCAUAUUUACCUACUUUGUUUUUACUAGUUUUACCAGUUUUUUUUUGUUUGUUUGUUUUUACCAGUAUUAGAUACACAUUUCACAAAGGGAAAACAAAGCCAGGUGACUGAUUCUCUGUGUGAGACUUACAUGGACAUUAGUGUUCCUAAAAUUCUAUUAAUGUACCUAAAAUUCAAAACAUUAUGUAUCUAGUAGAAAUUAACGGAUAACGAAUGUGAAUCUCUGUUGAAGUUUGGUAUGAUGCCCUGCAGCUCUUAGGAACUAACAGAGCUGAGCAAAUGGCUGAGUAAACAGGAGAUGCUGGUUUAAGAUAGCUUGUUAAAGGUGUGGACUGUGUCAGAGGAAACUUAAGCAGACAGCUUGGUGUUUGGGUGAAGCUACAGGAGCCUGACAACAUGAUCACGUGAUCAGAAUUUGCAAGUCACUGUGAAUGGAGAUACAGAGAGCUUUAGACCAAAACUUGUGCAGUUCAUUUCCAUGUGGAUACAUGUUCCAUGUGUUUGAGCAAUGAAAGAGCACUCCUAUCUCUUCAGUCAAGUACAUUAGCUCUUGAACUAUUGGGUCACAUUAUUUCACUUUCAGUCAGUCCAAAAGCAAACUGCAGUUUAAAUUUUAAUUGUAGAAUCUCCCCUCUCAAUACACAUGAUGCAUUUACAUUUCUAAACAAAACAUAAAAUCCACAGUGUUAGGGUCUCUAUUAGUUAAAAAAAACACAGUAAUUUUAUUGCUGUUUCAUACUAGAAAUGUUUGUUGAGAUAAUAACAAUGUUGUGUUUCACUUUUGUUGCUCAAGGUUAUAGCAAAAUGAAGGAUCUGUUUUUCUGUGUUGUGCCUUUUCAACUGCCCUCGGGCUAUAUGAAUAUAGAAUAUGUUACUUCUGAUAUAUCAAAAUAUAUAGUAUAUCUGGUACUCAACAAUCGAUAACUAUUUUGACUGUGAUGUGAGCUCCCUCACUGUUUCAUUACCUUGAAGGUCAUCUCUGCUCCCCAGUGGACAACAGGAGUACUGCAGGA